GUACAGGUCUUUGCGGAGCGCUGAGAUUUAACGUCGAUGUGCGAGGUAAUAAAUCCUGAUGAUCAUAGACAUGGUAUGGCUGACAUGCUAAAACGAUGCGAGCGGAGUUUGAACAUCAAUCCGAAUGUGGGCCAGAGACUCACAUUCAUUCUUGGCAGGAUGCGGGGCCAACUGUCGACGCGAUCCACCCAAAGGCAGUGGCGCACUCGUCAUCAUAACGUCAACGGUUGCUUUCGUUAGCAUCCUGUCGACAAGAAGGAUGAGUCACCAGCACCAUAUAUGCCACAAUCCAUGCCUCGGGAAUCCUAAGAACAUCUGUCCGCUGAACGGUGACAGUCAGCGACGAACAGAUCACUGGAUAGUAUUGAAGAUGAUUGAAAAUGAUGCAUGGGUGAUUCAUGGAAGUGCUGUUUGCGCAUACGAUGCAAAUGUGGAAGACGUCGUCCAUUUUUCGUCCGCACAGUCUCGGGUUCUCAUGUCAGAGCAUUCCCACAGUAUGUACCGGGUGCAAUUCGUUUCGAAUUCUGCAUUCAGGAGCACUUGUGGAUACCACAAGCUACUUAGAAGCUUGAAGCCCGAGAUCUGAUGCUAAACUGGUGCCCAGACAAUGGCGAUAGACGAGUUCAAGCGAAGAGAACGUUUCGGAGCUCCGAGGAUGAGAAAAGUCACAUCCGUGCUUGAACGGCCAGAAGAACGGCGGAUGAUUGCUCUUAUUGACGGCUAGCAGCGUGAAGAUGAGAACUGUCGCAGAAUACAAGCGG